GGGUUGGGAGGGAACACAAGGUUUGGGGGGGCAGUGAGUGAUGGUGAGGGAUGGGAGAUGCUCUGGGGACUCUGGGAGGCUGUGUCUUGGCUGGGACCAACCUCGUGUCCAUGCUGGAGCUGGGGCAUCCGGGACAGGUCUGGGCUGGCUGUGGCCAGGGCUCUGCUGUCCCCUCCACAGGGACGAACGCUGCUGUCCCCUGCCCUGGCGUCCCCAUGGGUGUCUUGAGCUGUAUGAAGUACCUGAUGUUCAUCUUCAACAUGCUGGUGUUUGCUGGGGGGACAUGCCUAGUGGGCGUGGGGAUCUGGGUGGCUGUGGACCCAUCUGGUUUCCAGGACAUCGUGGCUGCCAAGCCGGUGUUGAGUGCCAGUGCCUACCUCCUGCUGGCUGUGGGCAUUGCCUUGGCGCUGCUGGGCUUCCUGGGGUGCUGCGGGGCCCUGCGCCGGAGCCGGCCACUGCUGCUGGCGUUCUUCAUCCUGGUGAGCCUCGUCUUCGUCACGCAGCUCGUUGGGGCUGUUCUUUUCUUGGUGCACUGGAAACAGAUCCAGCCAGAGCUCUUCCUGUCUGAGCUGCGGAGGAACUACCAUGGGGACGAUGGUGCUGAGGUCUUCUCCACUGCCUGGAACACACUCAUGGUGACGUUCUCAUGUUGUGGCGUUUUAGGACCUGAAGACUUCGGGAAUGGCUCCCGCUUCCAGGAACUGCACCCAGGGACGCCCUGGCCACAGGCAUGCUGUGCCCGGGAUGGGCUCCUGCAGGUGGGCGAGCUGCUAGGCUGGGAGCAGUGCCGGGAGAGGACUCCUGGCUACAUCCAUGAGCAGGGCUGCUUCUCCACCUUCGGCAGAACCUUGCAGAAGUACAUCUCUGUCCCUGGGACUUGCAGCUUGGCCGUGCUGGGCAUUGAGAUCUUCGCCAUGUUCUUUGCCUUUUGCCUUUAUUACAACUUUGACUGAGCAGGAGGGAGCGUGGCAGAGUCUGCACCUACAGCCACAGGAGGAAGAGAAGCUCACAUACAAUUUCUGCCAUGAGAGGGUCAUCGGGGUUGGGCUCUGCCAUCAGCAGCUGUAUGGAGGUCAGCAGCGUGACGAUGUUCAGGCAAGGAGUCCACGCGCCCUUCAAGGAAAUCGGGGAGAGCAGCAGUGAAGCAGAAGAAAACCUGCCUAGAGAAACCUCAGGACUUAGAGCAACCAACCCACAAGCUGCCCCAGGAUUCACAGCACUUAAUCCCCCCGCAGAAAACACCAGAUCCCUUCUCAACACACCAGCUGCAGCCUUUCUGAGGAAGCCCAGAUGAUGCUAUUUCAGAUAAUUAGGACCAGUUUUCUGACUUUAGCUCAGUCUCAUCUAAAUAACUUCAUUUUCAGAAAGUUAACUGCAGGUUUUUCAGACAGUUUUUCUCUCUCGCAGCUAUCACACGGAGCACUGGGAUGCAGAAAGGCUAAUGCUUACACUUAUUCCUACAGUAACUCUUUCAGCCAUAAGUCAAAGAGGUGAAAAAGGUCACACGUGCAGGGAGGGGCAGACAGGAGAGGCGACCCCAAACUGACCAGCAGAGGAUUCCAUCCCAUACACUCACACUCAGUGUAAAACUGAGAGAUCACAAGGGUCUCAGUCUCUUCUUUGAUGGCUGAUGUCCAGUGAGGACCUUGUCUCUGUUUGCCCCCGAUCCCAGAUUCGUGCAUUCCUGAAUGCAGUUCCUGAGCUCAGCUCCCUCCCAGCCUCCAGCCUCCCUCAUAUCUGCUCUGCAGCAUCUGUGGGGACGCAGUCAUCAAGGGGUGGUGGUGCAAUCUUAUAUAUUUCUAUGUAUUUGAUUACUUUCUAAUUAUUCUCACCACCACCAUCUCCAUUAUUAUUAUUAUUAUUAUUAUUAUUAUUAUUAUUUCAUUAAAACUAGUUUUAGAUUCCAGCCUGCAAGUCUUUUCCUCUCAUUUCCAUUUCUCCUUUCCCUGAGGGUCAGAGGGAAGGGAAUUGGAAGCCCAACUGCUCGGUUUUAGCUGCUGAAAUUGGCUGGGCCAGAGCUAAACGGUGACACUGGCUGAAAACUGCAGGCUGUAUCCUAUGCACCCCCUCUGGGGCAGGUUGGGGUAGCCCCCUUUCACAGGGCCCCCUAAUGCCUUUGGACUCCAACCCUUAAAACCUUGGAAACUCAUAUGGAACAAAGCAGGUCGUGUUCUAGUCUCUAAACAAAGGAGAUACCGCUCAAAAACUUUACUCCCAUGCUCCCAUAUAAAUAAGUCAGCAGCAAAGAGACAUUCAAUAAGGCUUUUACAAGAAAAAGAUAAGGAGUUCAUUCUCCUCAGGCUCACUUAGCCAUGCCUGAGCAGUGCUG